CGACAGCCGACGGCGCCUCUUUGCUCGGCACCACAUCAUCCCCUGGCCCCGGACAUCCCGCUGCUCGACGUUGAAAGCGACGGCACGCUCCAGCUCAACGGUUAGCACAACUCUGCGUCUCGACGUCCUCUCUCGGCCAGCUCUCUGUGCCUCUCGCCGGCCCGGCGUCUUCCCGAUGCUGCGCGUCUCUGCGCGUGCGGCCGCCCGCUCGGCGGUGCGGAGCAGCGGCAGCGGCAGCGCCGCCGUCGCGAGCGUCGCUGCUGCACGGCAACGAGCUCUGCACAGCCAAGCAUCGUCGGCGUCAUGUGGCCUCGCGCGGCAAGCCGGUGUCCGCUUCGCCUCGAGCGCCGCCAGCGCCUCUCCCGCAGCCGCACCGGCGUCUUCGUCCAAGGCUGCUGCUCCAGUGGGGCCAGUUGCGCUCUUCAACAAGCGCAUUCAGAAGGGUCAGCUGGUGGAGGAUGAGCACCAACGCAAGAUUGUCACGGGCCCGCUGGAGAAGAUGUACCGCGAGCUGGAGGGCUACAAGCGCGAGGUCAAGGAACUGCCGAAGGAGCCGGCGCAGGGCGGAUGGAUCUCGCGCCUCUUUGGCGCCAAACCAGUGCCGCCGGCGGAUGGCCCGGGCCUGACGAUCCCGGAGAACGUGCCGAAGGGCCUGUACCUGUUCGGCGAUGUCGGCUGCGGCAAGUCGAUGCUCAUGGACCUCUUCUACGAGUCGCUCCCGCAGUCCAUGGCGAAGCGGCGCAUCCACUUCCACCAGUUUAUGAUUGACGCGCACAAGCGGAUGCACGCCUUCAAGCUGCUGACGCACAAGCCAUCGGGCAUGGUCAUGAGUGCGGCCACGGCGGCCACGGCAGUCGUUGCAAAGAAGGUCGCGGGCGAGGCGGCGGCGGCCCCGCUGCUGGGCGAGGAGGUGGAUCCGAUCCCGACGGUCGCGAGGGAGCUGGCGCAGGAGUACGAGGUGCUCUGCUUCGACGAGUUUCAGGUGACGGACAUUGCCGACGCCAUGAUCCUGCGGCGGCUGCUGGAGCACAUGCUGUGGCACGGCGUCGUGUUUGUCAUGACCUCAAACCGGCAUCCGACGGAUCUGUACAAGAACGGCAUCCAGCGCUCCUCCUUCCUGCCUUGCAUCUCGCUGCUUCAGUCGCAAUUCGCAAUCGUCGAUCUCGACUCGGGCGUCGACUACCGCAAGCGUCCGCGCGCACUGAGCAAGGUGUACUUCUCGCCUCUCGACGACGCGAACCUGCAGGAGAUGGACAAGCUGUGGGACGCCACCACUUCCGACCCGCACGAUCCGCCCAUUGAGGGCCGCCAGCUGGACAUCUGGGGCCGCAAGCUCGAAGUGCCCCUCUCCACGCGCCGCGCCGCUCGCUUUGACUUUAUGCAGCUCUGCGGCUCGCCCAAGAGCGCUGCCGACUACAUCGAGGUGUGCCGCGCCUUUGGCACGCUCUUCAUCGACCGCAUCCCGCGCAUGGGCAUCCACCAGCGUGACCUGGCUCGCCGCUUCAUCACGCUCAUCGAUGCGUGCUACGAGAGCAAGACCAAGGUGUUCAUGUCCUCCGAAGUGCCCAUCCUCCAGACCUUCUCCUCCGACGAGCCAGCGUCCAUCGACCAGAUGCGCGGCCUGAUGGAUGACCUGGGCUUGACGAUGGACGACAUCGGCGGAUCACCCAUCUUCACCGGCGACGAGGAGCUCUUUGCCUUCGCUCGUGUGAUCAGCCGUCUCACAGAGAUGAGCACGAGCUUCUAUGCCUCCCAGGUGGCGCGUGCAGGAGGGGAUGCAGAGGCACCGCCGGAAUACUGAGGCGGGAGAGAGAG